AGGAACCAGGAUUUCUGUAGACGUAAAGACCACAGUGGACCCCCUGCUUGUCCGCGAUGCUCCUUUCACGUUCUCUGCGCUUGUGCCGGUUCCUCCUGCCUCGCCGGUCUUCCCUCUUACUUCUUAUACUCCUUGCCGGUUUAUUUCUCAUCCUUUCCUUAACAGGGCAGUUGGAGGAGAGUCUCUCUCGCCUUCUCCCCUUAUUUUAUUCCAGUCCGUCUCACCCUAAUUCCUACUCGUUCUUCCGUCACGGCCUCCCUUCCUUUCUCAUCUCCCCUUCCAAUGCUUGCUCACAAGCUCCUUUCCUUCUCAUUCUGGUGUCCAGCGCGCCGUCGCAUCGGGACCGCCGGGAUGCCAUCCGUCAGACCUGGGGAAGCCCCUCGACCUCUGCAGCCUCAAACUCUCUCACCCUUUUCGUUCUGGCCAUUUCAAAUUCAGAAAAAGAAAACGAGGCCGUCGUUCACGAAGCCGAGCUUCACAGGGAUAUCGUUCAGGUUGCCUUUGCCGACACGUACCGCAACCUAACGCUUAAGACGUUGGCGGGGCUGGCGUGGGGGCUACAGAAAUGUCAAAGCGCUCGGUUCAUUCUGAAGACCGAUGAUGAUGUCUUUGUCAACACCCCGUCUUUAUCCAAGUUUUUAAGCGGACAAGAUGGACUGCAGUACCUGGGCCGGAUCCACUGGCACGUCGGCCCUAUAAGGGACCCGGAAAGCCGUCAUUAUACAUCACGGGACGUAUAUCCCGGCGGCUAUUUCCCGCCGUACUGCAGCGGCACGGGCUAUGUUUUAUCACGGGGGGCUGCCGUACUUAUGUUGCAGAAGUUGAAGAGAGGCCCGUUGCUCUCGCUGGAGGACGUGUACGUUGGAAUACUAGCGCAGGCUGCCGGCGUGGCCCCCCGGCACAUCGCAAAGAUCGCAGGAUCCAGAGCGCUGCCGCACAAGGGCUGCUGUUACAGAACCAUGUUCACGUCACACGGCGUUCCUCCCAAACGCAUGGUAGAGGCAUGGAUUAUGCGCGAGAUGGCAGAGGAGGCAUGGUGCCCGCUGGCAAUGGUGCAGUGUUUAGCUUUUGGGAAGCUGGUAGAAAAUUGGGGUUUUGGGGUGCUGUAAACGUACUGCAAGGGGCGGGUAGAACGGUUGUGAGAUCAUGUUUUGUUAUUACGCGUCAUGUCACUGAAUUCCAUGCAAGGAGAACAAGGAACCAGAUGACUUCAUCUCUGCCUCUCCGAGAACACAGGCCGAGUCUUCACCUGCGUAAAUCCGGCUUAAUUUUUCUAAUAAAAAUGUAUCUCCCACAAGAUAUAUUUGAGA